AUGGCCGUUAUUCAACGUAUUAAAAAACCUACAACACGUAAAGGCAAGAAAGUUCUGCUUUCCAAAGAGCCUAAACCUAUUGAAGGACCAAAACAGUGUAUAUUUCUUCAAGGGCGAAAUCCUUCAGAACGAACCAGAAAGUUGUUAAAAGACAUAUAUGAUUUAAAAAAACCUGACGCAGCUUUUUUGAGUCGAAAAAAUGAUUUUGUUCCAUUUGAAGACUCUACCUUGAUUGAGAAAAUGUGCUAUAAGAAAGAAGCGGCUUUGUUUGGGGUUGGAACGCAUAGCAAAAAGCGUCCUCAUAAUAUCAUUCUUGGAAGAACCUUUGAUUAUGGGAUAUUAGAUAUGAUAGAACUUGGUGCUGACAACUAUAAAGCUAUGUCUGAAUUUCAUAACAUGAAGGUAUUGGCUGGCCUCAAGCCAUGCCUUAUUUUUAAUGGACCUGCAUGGGAUUUAAAUCAGGAUUUAAAACGACUAAAAUCUCUCUUCACUGAUUUCUUUCACAGAGAGAAGGUAGAAAGUAUCAGACUGCAAGGGUUGGAACAUGUACUGAGCUUUACAGCAACUGAAACUGGAUCAAUCUUCUUCAGGUCUUAUCGUAUUAUACUAAAGAAGAGUGGUCAGAGGACACCAAGAAUUGAACUUGAGGAAAUAGGACCAUCAAUAGAUUUUAAAUUAAGGAGAACUAAAUUGGCGUCUGAUGAUCUGUAUAAAGAGUCUUGUAAAAUACCUAGAGAGAUUAAACCACUUACCAAGAAGAAUAUCUCUAAGGACGCAUUUGGAACUAAAUUGGGUCGUAUCCACAUUGGUAAACAGGACAUUAACAGACUUCAAACUCGCAAAAUGAAAGGUCUUAAGAAGACACCAGAAGAGAAGAAACAGAUGCUAUUAAAGAAAAAAGUAGCAAGGCAGUCUGCACGUAAAAUGAAAGCUACUGCUGCA